GGGUUCUAGCGGGCGGGGCUAUGGCGCCAUGGCUACUGCGCUCUUGCCCGGCGCGGCGCGUGUGGCGCAGAUGGCUGUCUGGCGAUGCGGUUUCUCCGGGGAGGAGGACGAUCGACGAUCCUGUGCGUGUGUUUGUCGUGGCUGGAGAGCCGUCCGGUGAUGUCAUCGGCGGGCGCCUCUUGGCGGCAAUGCGAGAAUUGUGGCCGGCUUCUCUGCGGCUGUCUGGCAUCGGUGGGUCUUGCAUGGAGCGAGAGGGAGUGAAGAGUAUUUUCGAGAUGGAUGAUCUUGCGGUCAUGGGAGUACCGGAGCUUUUGCCGCACUUGAUAACGUUAUCGAGGAGGUUGCAUCAAGCCGUGGACGCCGCUGUCCGAUUUGAUCCACAUAUCAUUGUGACGAUCGACUCUAAAGGUUUCUCGUUUCGCUUUCUAAGAAAAAUCAAAGAUUUCUGUGCAAAGUCGAAGGUACCGGGUCCAUUCUGUGUUCAUUAUGUGUGCCCGUCCUUCUGGGCCUGGAAAGGGGGCGAGGAGAAACUUCGAAACUUGUCAGAAGUUGUGGAUCACUUGCUUUGCAUUCUUCCGUUUGAAGAAGGGAUAUGCAAGUCGAGCGGCUUAAAUGCCUCGUUUGUUGGGCAUCCCGUGCUGGACGACGCAUUUGACUUGGCUGGUAAAUCUGCUGAUUUUAACGUGAUUCAGAGCAAGUGGAUGAUUCACGGGAAUGGCCAGAAGUUCCGGCAAGAUCAUAACCUUACAAGUGAAUCACCUGUUAUUACAGUGCUUCCAGGAAGCCGAGCGCAGGAGCUUCAUAAAAUGCUCCCGAUUUAUGGCUCGGCAUUGAAACACCUGUCUCGAAGCUUUCCUGGCCUGGCUGCUAUUAUACCAACCGUUCCAAAUCGCACGCUUACCGGGAUUAUUGACAUGGCUGUGAGAGAUUGGGGGCUGCCUGUAGUCGUCGUCCCGGGUGCCUCCCUCGAAGACAAGUACAACUCGUUCGCAGCCAGUGAUGCUGCCUUGGUUACGUCGGGUACGGCAGUAAUGCAGCUACAAAUGUGUCGUGUGCCUUGCGUGGUUGCGUACCGAGCAAAUAUUCUUACCGAGUGGAUCAUCAAGCAGCGGACAGUGCUCAAGUAUGUUUCUUUGCCAAACAUUUUGCUGGACUCGCCUGCUGUUCCAGAAGCUCUUUUCUCCUCCUGCAAACCAGACCGCCUGGCAUGCUUGCUUGGAAAUAUUCUGGAAGACCCUGUGGCUGCCAGAGAAGAUCAAGCUAAAGCCGCCGAGUCGGUGCUACACAUGAUUCAACCGCCAGAAGCGUUACAGAGUCCAAGCCGGACGGCAGCGCGUAUUGUUUUGGCUGCACUGGAGCCGUGAACACCAAUUUGGAAUCGAAGGCUUGUUUCUAAGUGUUGAUAAUGGACAAGUAAGGAUCUUGUGCUGCGGUCAAGACAUCAGGCCUGUCCAUUUGAUCGUAUGAUAGGCACCUCCGGAUAAAGUCCUGCACAAGAAAUAGAAUGGAGCGCCAGUGG